AAUCAUUCUAUAAAUAAGGGGGAUAUCGGACUCUCCCUUAAUUUCCUCACAUGAUCCAUCAAGUAAUUAACGAAAUGGAGAAGGUGGGCGAUUCUCAGCCGUCUUCAUCAGAGCCCGUUUCGCCAACUAGUAAAGAGAUGAUGAAGGAGCCGCCGCGGAGACUCGAGAUAGUUACUUCAGAAAUGUUAGAAAAUGAGUGGGGCGAUGCGAUCAACGAUUUUAUCAAGUCAAUACCAAUUACUGAACUUGAUGCAAUUAAGUCGAUAAUUGAUGAUGAUAAUAAAGAAGAAGAAGAAAUAAAACUUCUUAAUAAUGAUGAUGCUAUAGCAUACGUGAGCGGCAGGAUCCCUGAGAUACAAAUGCCCGAAGUUGCUGCUCGGCGUACGGAAGUACUCUACCAUGGUGAAAAAGAAACGGAGUCUGAAAAUUACCACAAUGGCAGAGAUAGAACAGUAAUGGCCAUGGACUGCAUUCAGAGUAAAACGUCACGAGUGCCGGAAGUUGCUGAUACAAAAAUCAAAAUGGAGCACAGUAAAAAUAGUCGAUGGUGGAGAUAGUAAUGGUGGAGUUAGAAAUAAAAUAAAUAUUUAAAAUUGAUUUUUAACAUUAAAAGUUAUGUAUGAAGUGUUUUUUUAGUUGUAAUUUUUGAUGGAGUUAUGGUCAGAGUCACCCUGGUAGGCCUAUCAGGACUAGCGAUGUAAAUGAAUCGAAUCGAACUGAAUAAGUUGAAAAAUUUAAGGUUCAAA